UCGUGAAAUGUUCAGCUUGCAUCAACGAGAUGGCCUGUUUCCUUCGCUAUUCCUCCACUCCAAAACCCUAAUUUUUUUUAAAACUAUUCUGGAUUUCCUUGUUGCCCUAUAGUUGGUGGCGCCGCUCAAGUCUAAUGGUUACUGCAAUAGCCACUCCGGCGGCUAUUGUUUGUUCCAGCCGGCGUAAGGAUCAAAUAUUCAGUUACUCAGCAUCAAUCACCAGGGCUACGUUUUCUUUGGCUUUUGUUUCCUUUAAUAAGUCGUCUUCUUCUGUGAACCUCUGUUCUUUUCUCGGCAAGUUCCAUCAGACCAGCGAUGUAACAAAUAAAGGCAAACUGCACAUGGAAUAUUAUGUUCCUACAAAUAGGUUUUGCUGAUGGAAAUGGCCUUUGAUCUAUGUUAUACAAUCCCUCAUAUUAAUGUUGGCAGCAUCACUUUCAAGGAAAUGUUGACAAGCUUCAGUGCUAGAGGUUCUCAGUUUCUGUGUCCUGUAAUUUGUGAAGUUGACGGUUGCAAAGAGGGAGAUGCCAAGAAACAAAGGGUAGCAUAUGCCAUUACAGUGAAAUCGGAUGAAACAACCAAUAGGCGUGUAUUAGAUAUCCAAAAUUCAGUCUCAUCUGAACGGAAGAAGAUGUUGAAAGUGGAGAGAAAUCCCAAGCGUCUCAACAAUAGUGUGUCACAGAGGAACAAACUUGAAUGUUACCAGGUCAUCCAAUAUCCUCUGAAAACUGAGUCUACUAUGGGGAAUAUAUUACGUCAUAAUACUUUGGUUUUUGUUGUUCACAAAGAUGCUGACAAGAAGAGCAUAAGGGAUGCUGUAAAGAAACUGUUUAAGAUUGAAUUGAAGAAAGUAAAUACAUCAAUCAUGCCUGACGGGACGAAGAAAGCAUAUGUUAUGCUGACACCAAACCAUAGUGCAUUAGAUGUGGCAAAAAAAAUCAAAGCCAUUUAAAAGUUGAUUCUCCAUCUUCCUUUCCUUUCUAUGACAAUCUGGUGGUUAUAUAAGGUUCUGCAGUUAGAAACUAAGAGCUCAUGAUUUAUAUUUGUAUGCAGGUGAUCUUAUGCUGCAAUUUUCUCUAGUGUUUAUAGGUACAGUUUUGUAGUUUCAGCUUAAUUAUAACCGCUCUCUGGAAGUAAGUGAGCAAUCAUUGUGGUUUUUGGCUAAAUGUUCCUGUAUGAAUGUACGUCUUGGUUCAACACCUUCUUCAUUUCCCCCCAAAUAUUGGGAAAAACUUGUAAUCUGUGUGAAAUCAUUAUGUUUUCAAGCUUUCCAUUGAAAUACUUGAUAACAGGAGGAUCGGCUUA